AUGCCUCAAAUAAAUCCAGAACAAGUACCAAGAUUAAUUGCUUUAGUAAACGAUGGGCGUGGUAAACGUUACGCCGCUCGUGCAGUGGGAGUCCAUGAAGCAACUGCUCGUAGAGCAAUCCGCAGGUACGAACAAACAGGAAGCACUGCUCGGAAGGUGGGUUCUGGUCGCCCUAGAAAAACGUCUCCAAGAGAUGAUCGUUUCUUGAGAUUACGGAUUUUACGGAAUCGAUCAAACACUGCGGUAAAUGUUCAGCAAGAUCUUCGCCAAAUUCGUGGUGUUGCAAUAAGUAAGCAGACGUCUAAAAGAAGUUAA